UCGCCCGUCGGAGCAUCGCCUCCGCCUCAGCUUCGCCGGCCGCGAUCGUUGGAGCGAUAUCUUUUCUAUCUUCUUGGAUUUCCUUUGGCGGUCGCAGUUAAAAUCGGCUCCGAGGAGGUGUGGAUUUGGGCUAGGGUUAGGGUUUCUCGCAGCCGAUCGAAGGCGUUUCUCGGCUUUUCCCUGGAGAUGGCGUUUCAUGAUUUCAAACACUGUCCCGGCCCCUCGGCCCCUCCAAGUUCCCAGGUCCCCGUGAUCUUCCCUUCCGGCCCUUCCACACCGAAAACCAACAUUUUCCACGAAAAGGGCCAAUUUCCUUCCGCCCAGAUCAAUCAGCCGCGUCAAAGACAAGGGAAAGUGUCUUCUCGAGCGCAAAGCCAACUAAAUGAACCAGUUAGGCUAGGUCAUCCCACAAAUCAAGGCAGAGUUUUGCUUGGUGCAACACAUGGCACUGCAAGCCAUGUUGAAGCUAAGUUUCCAUCUCAGUUUUCCAACUACCAUGUUCCGGGAAGAACUAGAUCACCGGUGUUGCCAUCUCAUGAUGCUGCUAAUCUUAUGAACCAUUAUCCUACUGCCGAUCACAUAAGGAAUCCUGUCACUUAUAGUUUUGUCAGCCAACUAAAUGAGCCACUUAGGCUAGGUCAUCCCACAAAUCAUGACAGACUUUUGCCUGGUGCAACACAUGCCACUGCAAGCCAUGUUGAGGCCAAGUUUCCGUCUCAGUUUUCCAACUACCAUGUUCCUGGAAGGACCAAUUCACCUACAGUGCCAUCUCGUGAUGAUGUUAAUCUUGAGAACUAUAAUCCUACUGCUGAUCACAGAAGGAAUCCUGUCACUUCUAGUUUUGUCAGCCAACUAAAUGAGCCACUUAGGCUAGGUCAUCCCACAAAUCAUGACAGGCAUUUGCUUGGUGCAACACAUGUCACUGCAAGCCAUGUUGAUGCUAAGUUUCCAUCUCAGUUUUCCAACUACCAUGUUCCUGCAAGGACCAGGUCACCAACUUUGCCAUCUCGUGAUGCUGCUAAUCUUGUGAAUCAUUAUCCUACUGCUGAUCAAGGAAGGCAUUCUAUCACAUCUUCUAGUUUUGGCAACCCACUAGAUGAGCCACUUGGGCCAGGUCAUCCCACAAAUCAAGACAGACCUUGGCAUGCGCAAGAACACUUCACUGGAAGUCAAGAUGUCGAGGCUAAAUUCCCAUCUCAGGUUUCCAACUACCGUGUUCCUGGAAGGACCAGGUCACCUACCUUGCCAUCUCGUGAUGCUGCUAAUCUUGUGAACCAUCAUCCUACUGCUGAUCACAGAAGGUCUCAAAUCCAUACAAAUGUGCAUAUUGGAAAUGCAAAUUCUGACAAUUCAAACAUCACAUUACCAUCCUUCUCUUUUGAUGAAGAAGCUAAGAGGCAUGACAUAACCCCUCCUAGAGUGACCAAUCAAAGGAAGCCACCUGUUCAGCACUCUAAUUCGCCACCUCCAGAGAGGUUGAAAAUGGUAGAUUAUUCUGAUAUAUAUGGUACUGGAGUGGAUGCUUCAUCAAAGCAUUCUUUUUCUAAAGAACCCAAAAGGGCCAGGUCUCCCUACCCACCAUCUGCUGCUGUUGUAGGCUCAUCUUCUGUCCAACAUGAUUUUGAGAGAGAAAUGCAAGCAAAGGCAAGACGGUUGGCCCGCUUCAAUUUUGAGCUAACCCAACCAGCAGAAAACCUGCUUGAUGCUAAUCGUAAGACUCCAGAAAAUAAGCUCAGUCAAGCUUCUGUGGACAAAUGGGAUGCAGAUAAACCUGCUGAAGCUAGGGACUCAUUAAACAGAGAGAAUUUACUUGAAAUUGAAAGUUCGGAAUCAUCUCCAGUGGUGGUCGGGCUAUGUCCAGACAUGUGUCCAGAAUCAGAAAGAGGGGAACGUGAGAGGAAAGGGGAUCUCGAUAAGUAUGAGAGAUUGGAUGGUGACAGAAACCAAACUAGCAAGUAUCUUGCUGUUAAAAAGUAUAACAGGACAGCAGAGCGUGAAGUUGACUUGAUCAGGCCUAUGCCAGUGCUGCAGAUGACAGUUGAUUAUCUUCUGAAUUUGUUAAAUCAACCUUAUAAUGAGGAUUUCUUGAGCAUUUACAACUUCUUGUGGGAUAGAAUGCGAGCAAUAAGGAUGGACCUUAGAAUGCAACAUAUUUUCGGCCGCCAGGCUAUGGUCAUGCUUGAGCAAAUGAUUAGACUUCAUAUUGUUGCUAUGCAUGAGCUUUGUGAAUAUAAUAAAGGAGAGGGCUUCUCGGAGGGGUUUGAUGCACAUCUAAAUAUUGAACAGAUGAAUAAGACAUCGGUUGAGCUGUUUCAGAUGUAUGAUGAUCACAGAAAGCAAGGAAUCAGUGUACCUACAGAAAAGGAGUUUCGAGGUUAUUAUGCACUCCUGAAGUUAGAUAAACAUCCAGGAUACAAAGUGGAACCUGCAGAGCUCUCACUUGACCUUGCUAAGAUGACUCCUGAGAUGAGAUGCACCCAAGAAAUUGUGUUUGCUCGAAAUGUAGCCAGAUCUUGUCGAAUAGGUAAUUUUAUUGCCUUCUUUCGUCUUGCGAGAAAAGCAACUUACCUGCAGGCCUGCUUGAUGCAUGCUCACUUUGCAAAGUUGAGAACACAGGCACUUGCUUCCCUGCAUGGUAGUCUUCAAAAUAAUCAAGGUAUCCCUGUCACACACAUCAUGAGCUGGCUAGGGUUGGAGGAGGAGGAUGUAGAAAGUAUUCUAGAAUAUCAUGGAUUCGUACUAAAGAAAUUUGAGGAGAGCUACAUGGUGAAGGAAGGUCCAUUUCUUAGUAGUGACAAGGAUUUUCCUACAAAGUGUUCACAGCUUGUGCAUCUCAAGAAGUCACCAAGAAUUAUUGAUGAUAUUUAUUCUGGUCCUCCCAUAUCUCACAUCACUGAGGGAAGAGAAACAGGGGUGUAUAAUGAGUUCGACAUGGUUGAUCAGAGAGCUGAUGCAUCUGAAGUAGAUACUCGGGAAAUUUCAAGCAAUGAUGUAAUUCAUGAUUAUGAAGCCAACAUCACUCAGAGGGCCAUUACACAAUCUAGAAAGCUCCUUGAGGAGCAGCCAAUACCCUUAUUAAACAGAGAAACUGAUGCCAAAGUAGCAGAAGCCUUUCUUCCAAGCAGUACUUCUUUAGUGGAUCACAAUGUAAGUAACCAUGCACAACGAAUUGAGGAUGCUCAAAUGAUUGAAUUAGAAAAUGAUGCCACCAUGGAUCAGACAAUUUUGCCCAAACAUGAAGUAAAUAUGGUCAGAGAUCUAGCAUCUGUCAGUUCUCCAGCACCUGUCAGUUCUCUAGCACCUGUCAGUUCUCUACUCAACAAUGUAGGUGAUAGUUCAGCAUCUCAAAUGGAUAUAGAGAGAGAACUAGAUAAUGAAGACCAGUUGCUUGUGCUUCACCACAAGAAUAAAGUUGCCGAGGAGAAGCUAAGGCUGAUCUUGAGGAAGUGGAAGCAUCAAGCAACAAAAAAGAGAGAAACCCGUGAGCAGAAAAAUACGCUAGCAAAUGCUGCACUGUGCUCGCUUUCAGUGGGAGUUCCUUUCCGACAAAGUCAACAUAUUCCCAGGCUUGCUUAUAGUGAGCUUAACAUUAACCAUGCUUUGAGAGCGAGAUAUGAGAAACUAAGCAAAUCAUGGUCAACAAUUAAUGUGUCGGAACUGGUUGCACCAGUAUUACACACAAGAAAUCCUGAUGCCAGUUGCCUUUGCUGGAAGCUGCUUAUUCCUGUCCAGCCGUUGCUUAAAGAGGGUCAGAUUUCAAGAUGGUUGCUCUCAAAAGUUAUGGGUUCUAGUAAGGAAAACCACAAGCCAAUAGUUUCUAUGCCCCACUUAUCUAUAUGGAGUUGGAUCAGUACCCAACUUAGUCCUUUCUAUAACUGUUGCCUGUCUAUUAUUCAGGAGGUUGUGUUUGACAAUAAUGAUAUGAUUCCUGAAGAUGAUAUUGUUUCUGGAACUAGCGCUGUUGUAUUUCUUGUAUCAGAAAGUAUUCCAUGGGAAAUUCAGAAGGUGCGACUUCAUAAUGUUCUAGCAUCUAUACCAUCUGGAUCAAAAUUACCCCUCCUGAUACUAAGCAGUGAUGUAUAUGCUGAAGAAAAUACUGAUUCUUCGCAUUCAAUAAUUAGGAGGCUUGGACUUCAUGAUGCAGACAUGACUAGAAUAUACUCGUUUUCAGUUGUCUUCCUAUGUGAUAACGACCCUCAGGUGAAGUCGAAUGGUUUUCUCAAGGAUGAUAAAUUGAGAGGGGGUCUGCUAUGGCUGGCAAAGCAUUCACCCUUACAACCUACUGUUUGUCCAGUGGAGACUCAUGGAGUUGUUCUGAGCUACUUGAGAUCUUCAUUGGAGUUUCUAGAAAAUGGUGAUACCUCUUAUUUUGGUCCAAACCAUUUCAUCUCAAUCUUCAAUGCAGCACUGGACGGAUUGGUCGAGGGGAUUUCAGCAGCUGCAUCCACAAAUGUAAACCAUUGGCCAAGUCCCGAGGUUGAUCUGCUUGAGAAGUCUAGCAAUGAACGCAUUUUUGUGGAUAGGUACUUACCAAGCAUUGGAUGGAGCUCACCUGUGAGAAUUCAAUCACUCAUCAGAUUGAUAAAGGGCUGUAAGCUACCACCGUUUGUAAAUGAAAUGCCUUGGCUAAAAGAAGGUUCUCAUAUGGGCUUGAAGAUUCCAGAUCAAAAGCUGGCCCUUCAAGAAUGUUUGAUAAGCUACAUGACCCAAUCAUGCCAGAUGUUAAAUGCUGAUCUAGCUGCUAUAGAGGCAGAAAUACUGGUGCAGACUGCUGCAUAUCCUGAGCUUCAUGGUUCGUGUUACUAUAUCAUUCCAAGAUGGUCAGCGAUAUUCAGGAGGAUUCAGAACUGGCGGUUAAUUAAUCUGAAAACUGGGGGUUGCUCUGUUGCAUAUUUGUUGGAGCAGCAUCUGGACAGGCUUACUGCAAUUGAUUAUACACACAGCAUUGGUGCUGCUAUGCCAUUAAACUCAAGUUCCAUGAUGCAGGUUUUGGAGAGGAAAAUCGGUGAAGAAGAGUAUCGAACAAUGCAUUCUUUUUCAACAAAACCGUCUUUUGAUGAAAUUGUGGAGAUUUGCUGCAAUAUUCCACUUGCAGAGCAGCCCAUGUCACCGCCUGAGCCUUUAGAUUCAUCUCCCAUGGUGCAUGAAACUGGUGAUGCUCUGAAGUCUGAAAAUUUAGCUGUGGACGAGGAUGAGGAUCUGAAGUGUAACAAAUCAGGGAAUGGAGAAAAUGGAAGAUCAGCUAUUUCUUUCUUCAAGAUGGAUGACAAAUUGUCCAUGCUCUUGGAGAAAUGUACAAGACUGCAAGACACCAUAGAUGAAAAACUUGCAUUCUAUUUUUGAAAUUGUAUAUUUGGGUAAUCGAUCACGAUUUUCUUCUUUGCUUUGUUCUUUCUUCUUUUUCCUUGAGUUACUAACAUGGUUCGAUCAGAAUAGACCGGAAGAGUUAUGUUGUAUCACCACAACUUGUACAUUCUUGCUCAUAACAGAAGGGAAACCCCUUGUAGACUGAUAUCUGUCGAUAUACAGUGGUUGCAUGGAAUUGAAUAUGACUGCUGCUUUGUUUCUUUUUCCA